GACGGGUUUUUGUCCCAAAAAAAGCGCUGGCCAAAGCGCGCCAAAACGGCAGGUCAGAAGCACGCAGACCUCGUGAAAGACGCCCAUUUGACGUAUCGUACCAAAGCAAGCCAAAAAGCGCACAGCUGUCGGAUGCGCCUUUGCAGCAUCGCGGCGCUCGUCGCCGUGCGCGCCGCAGCGCUGCAACCCGUGCGACGGCUGCAGCCACUGCGUGCAGCAGCCACCGCAGAGCCAGCAGCGCGAAAGCCUGCGAACCUGCGCGCCGCGGCCUCGGCGACCGCCUGGGCCGCGAGCGCCGCGUACUCUCUCGGCACGUACAAGCCCCACCGCAUAGCUCACAACGCCGUCGGCAUUGCACAAGCACUAACCGCCCUACCGCUCGUCGCUGCCGCGGCCCAGGCGCCCGACGACAGGCGCCUCGCGCUGGCCUGGGCCGCCGCGAGCGCGUGGUCGGUCGCGUGCGUCGUCUUUGCGCCGGCGGUCACGCGCGCGUUCGUGCGGGGCACGUCGCACCCGGUGCGCUACCCGCCAGCCCUCGCUGCGCUGGCGAUCGGGCUGCACGUCUUUGCGGGAGUCGGCGCGACGCGGAGCUGGCGUCGGGCGGGCGGCACGCCGGACACGGCGGUGAGCGGCGUGCUCCGCGGCGUCGCGCCGGCCGAGGACGUUUCGUCGACGGCCGCCGUCGAGCUCGCCUUUUGCGCCCGCGCGUUCGCCGUCUUCGCCGCCGGCGCGAUCCUGGCGCCGUUCCCCGUCGCGACGCUGCCGAGUCUCCUGGGCAAGCGGAUGGCGCGCGCGUUCGGCGCCUGGUCUCUGCUGGGCGCCGCGGCGUGCCUCUCGCUGCGGGACGCGAAAGGCGCCGCCGCGCGGCCGCUGAAGCGCGGGCUCCGGGCGCACGCGCUGGCACACGUCGCCCUCGCCGCGGCGCGGCCGUUCGUCGACGGCAUGGGCCUCUACCCGGCGGCGACGGCGUGCGCGCCCGCCUGGGCGGCGACGCUCCUCGCGUACGGCGUUUUGUUGGACGGAGUAAGGCGGUGCUAG